AUGAAACUGUUACAGGAAACGGAGGAUGCAACAAACGAAAGAAAGUUCAUAAAAUCUCAGGUGGAGAAACGCCGAAGGGAGAGGAUGAACCGCAGCCUGGAGCGUCUGAGGACCAUGUUGCUUCAGGAGCCACAACAACUGGGUGGGACUCAGCACAGAGUGGAGAAAGCUGAGAUACUGGAGCACACAGUCGUCUUCCUGCAGAACACUGCUGAAGGAGACAAGACGAGAGCUGCUGCUGGUGGAGCUGGAGGUGGUGUUGCUGGAGGUGGAGGCGGUGGAGGCCAGAAACACUCCUUUCAAGACGGCUUCUCCACCUGCCUGCAGACAGCCGCUCGGUUCCUGGGACCUGAGGGCGAGGGCCUGUGGCUUGGAGCAGCACUGGAUGCAUCUCUUGCUGCUCGUUUUUCCCAUUCAGACUCUGAUUCUGCAGGCGUCCAACGAAGAACUGAAGGCCGCUCCUCCUCCUCUUCCUCCUCCUCCUCCUCCUCCGGCUCUCUGCCGCACACAAAGUCCAUUCUUCGGAUGCUGAGGCAAAAAUCCAAGCACAGACUGCACGCACGAGCGUCCAGUGUUGCCCAUCCGUACCGACUUCCGGUUCAGCAGCGGCUUCCCAGAAUUCCCCAACAGGCUCAGAGACAAAAUCAGCUUGAGAUCAGACGAGUGAGCAAACAGAGCCCGGCCCAGAGCAGCCCGGUCAGCCAGACACUGUGGAGGCCCUGGCCCUGAUCACAAGGUCGCGACUUUUGAACACUGAACUUUUGAUGACUCUGACAACCAAUUAAUAUUCACUGGUGCCAACUGUACUGUUCCUGAAUGAAUAUUUGCAUUGUAGUCUUGCAAACAAUGGCCUUCUGAUAACACAUAAGGAUGUUGGUGUUCAACCACAACCUCAAAGCCUGUAAAUAAUGUAAAAUCUCAUUUGUAUGUGUGAUAGGGUUGACUCACUACUCUUGUUUAAUGCUUUUGAAUGAGUCAGUGGAACAGCCAUCUAUUCUGCUGACGGCACAGGUACUCUCCCAGACUAGGGACACGCGUGAGCUGGAUCACGCGGCUGAGCCCGGCUGGGACUGCUGCUGUGCCGAAGAACAAGUUUUUUAGAGGUGUUCGAGUGCUGGGAGAGCCCCACGCAGACCCUCACAUUCACCUGCAGUGCCAUGAUGUCUGCUGGCAUAAAUUAAGACAUCUCUGUCAACAAUAUAACUUGUAUUCUCUCUAUAUAUAUAUCUUGUCUAUUUUGCACACUAAUUUAUUCUGGAUGUCUCCCUAUGGUGAGACCUUUUUUUGUU